CCUACUCUCAAUAUGCCGUCUGUUCUAAAGCUCGAUACUGCCGAUGACUUGGCACUCCCAACAGCUCUGGCUGAUAAGCUGGGAGAUAUAAAACCUGCUCAUCUUGAAACUUCUUCGCGUAUCUUGGGUAUCAUCCUACGAUAUAAACUUGCAGGUGACGUUUUAUUAGAUAAGAGCCACGAUGGUGUCAACUUCCUGGCUCAGAUAUACCCCAAGGUUGCGGCCAGCCAGGCCAUCCUUAUGUGUCUCCCUGCUUUCCCCUUCAAGUCACCAAACAGACACACCAAAGUCCUCGGGCAUCUUCCUGACAAGGCGGAAGAGUUUGCGCUUGCACACCUGAACGGCCUAUGCGCUGCCGUAGGCGAUAUUUACCCACCCGGUGCGAGUUUAAUGAUCGUCUCAGACGGGCUUGUCUAUAAUGACCUUCUAGGAGUUCCAGAUAAGGACGUCUGGGCAUAUGGCGAAGCUCUUCGUGCGCUGAAGGAGAGAAAGGGGUUCCGCCAUAUCGAAUUCUGUCGUCUCAAGGACAUCGUAAACGUUGACGUGCCCAAUGAGUUGGAUGAAAUUAGAUAUGUCGCGAACGCAACGAAUUUCCGGCACGCCCUACUGCAGCAAUUCAGUAGACCUGGCUAUGACGUGUCGCUCAGAAUAUCAGAGGAUGAAGACACAUGCUUGACAUAUAGGGGCUAUAUCAAGUUCCUAGAAACCGACCUUCAGAAUGUGUACCCGAUUGGUGAAGGCCGCAGCAAGUCAAAAUACAAAAGGGGCGUCGAGUACAUUGCCAAGCAGAUGCUCACGCGAGGAGAUGCCUUUGCUCGGGCCAUACGUGAGAGGUUCCCCGAUCGGCUGAGGCUUUCGAUCCAUGCCUCAACAGGAGAAAGUAAACUAUCUGUAAACCUCUUGCCAACAGAUAUCUCAUUCACAACACCGUGGCACUGCAGCAUAGCGAUCAGGCUCGACGGUACUACCAUCACAGGCCACAGAUCCGAAUUCGACGCUGACGACUCCUUCGAGCUCGUCUACGAAGACAACCGACCUAGUUACUUCCGCGAGAAGAGUGACCUGAUGUCCUGGGCCACCGACAAAGGAGGCAUUACCUGCGAACCACUAUAUCCCGCUGGAGUGUUAAUUCGACCUGCCGCGGGGCGCGGCGCCCUGUCCGUAAGGGAUGUGGAUGGUCCUAAAGUACGCGCCUUGGCGCAGCGCAACUCUCCUGUCGUGCUACGCGGCUUUUCGCAAACUAGAAGCCGGGAUCUUUUCGUGGAAAAAGCGGGAGAGCUCGGCGAGCCGACGGGGUGGAAGUUCGGCCUCGUCUUAGAAGUUAAGGACCGCGGGGCGGAUACGCGCGGCUUAAACAAUGUCCUGUCCUCCGAAUGGAUGCCUUUCCAUUACGACGGGCUGUUCAAAACGGAGAAGAGGGUGCAGGAGGAUGGUAGUGAAGUAGUAGUGUCUACGCCGCCUGGAUUCCAAUUCUUCACCGCUGUGACGGAAUCACCCAAGGAUACGGGAUUUACACUGUUCUCGUCAUCAACGCUGCUAUUCAAAUACCUUCCCCCACAGCUGCCUUUCUCCUCGCUCCGCCCCCUGACGUGGACCGUGUCAACAUCCUCCUUCGACUCCGCCGUUAUCCACGGUCUGCCUAUGGUAGUAGAUCACCCAGUCACUGGCCGUCCCUGCAUACGUUUCCACGAACCAUGGCCGCAAUCCAAAACGAAAUUUGAGGCGACGAAUGUUACGAUCGAAAACGCGUCCGCCUACGGCUUAGAUGGUUCAAUGGUUAGCGAUGCGGUCGUUAGCUUGCUACACGAUCGUCGAGUUGCGUACUACCACUCGUGGAACAAAGGCGACCUUCUAGUGAACGACAACGUCCUGACGAUGCACACGCGGAGCGACUUCACGGCAGGUUGUGAUCGGGAGCUCUGGAGGAUAAAUUUUGACUAAGGGGUAGUUAGCUCUCUUUAGAGUUUGGUCUCUUAGGUAGUCCUAGGUUUCAAUCUUUGUGUGAUAUGGUUUUAAUUCCCUUAAGCAGGUACCUUAGGUAGACACUCAGGAACUUGACACUAGUAGAGCAGGU